AUGGCGCGGGUGCGCGCCGCGGCGCUCGGCGCCGCGCUGCUCGAGGCGGCGCUGGGCCAGUGCCCGACCUUCGGGCGGCGCAACUACUACGCCGAGCACUGCGAGAUCAUCACCUACGACGCGGCCAGCGGCUUCGCCUACGCCUGGCUCAACGCGGGCCCCUGCGUCGCCGGCUUCGCGGCCGCGACGGACGCGGACGUCGUCGCGGUGUGGCCCGAGGGCGCGGACCCGCCGUACAAGCGCAACGGCCCGCGGCGCUUCAUGACGACCUGCGUCGGCUUCGACGACGCCGCCGCGGUCGCGGCGCGCGCCGCGGAGCCCUUCCGGCUCGCGAACCCGCCCCGGGCCCUCGGCGGCGUCGAGUACGCCGUCCAGGCGCGGCUCCCCUUCGAGAGCGCGGCGGCCUUCGAGGGCUGGGGCGACGGCGGCCUCGCCUACGAGGGCGUCCUCGUGAACCGGAGCGCCGUCAUGGUCUGGGAGGCCGGGUCGACGGUCUUCGAGCUCGUGGACGCCGCGGGGAAGCGCUACGUCAUGCAGUCGCUGUCGCAGAUCGUCGUCGAAAACCUCGCGCCGUCGGACCUGGAAGCGCUGCCCCGGGACCUCCCCGAGGGCUGGUCCUUCCGGUCGCGGACGGCGUCCCGCGGCCGUGACGAUUUUCGAGAGCUGCUUUUGAUCGGGAACCUGGAAACGCACUUGCCCUCGGCCUUCCCGACGACGGCGCGGCCGACGCCCGCGCCCGCGGCCGCGCCGCGCGCCGCGGCUGCGCCGCGGCCGUCGCCGCGACCGACGCCCCGCCCCGCCGCGGCCGCGGGCGGCGGCGACGACGACGGCGGCGCGGACGCCGCGUCGGCGGCCGUCGUCCCCGUCUCCGUCUUCCUCGUCGUCUUCGCGCUCGGCGCGGCGGCGCUCCACGUCCGCGCGGCGCGGCGGGGCCGCGCGCGCGAGGCGGAGCUCGCGGAGAUGGACAAGGACGGCGGCCUCUGGAGCGACCGCGACGAGGAGCGCAAGGAAUCCGACGACGUCAUGGACCUCCGCUACACGGACGCCUAG